AUGGAAACAAAUUAUAAAUAUGUUUCCAAAUUAAGAAGACAACAAACUGAUGAGCAUAUUCAAGAAAUUAAAAGAGACACAAAUAGAAAAAUAUUGGAAACAGAAACAGCUGAAGACAAAAAAGCUUAUCUAUACAAAACAAUAUCCGCAUUAACAGAAACAAAAUAUGCUAUCCUUUGGAAAAAUAGAGACCUAGUAAAAGAUAUAGAAGAAGAAUAUGGAUAUGCAACUAACCAAGCACUAAACUUGAACAAAAAAGAUUUUGAAGCAAUGCGAGAACAAAUGGAACAAUGUGAAAGUGAACCAUUACAAAAACAAUAUCAAGCAAAAUAUAGAAAACUAUUGGGAGUAUCUCUAGAAAACUUAAAUAAAAUGUAUGAUGAAGAAGACAAAGGGGAACAAAUAUUCCAAGAACAACAACGAGCCAGAAGACAAGGCUUAGAAUUACUAGAAACAUUACUACCAAAACAUCCAUAUUAUGAAGAAUAUCUACCAACAAUAAUGAACUGCAAGAAAUAG